CACCCACUCAUUUAAUCAUGUGAGCCCUUUGCUGCCCAGGCCAGCUGUUUAAAGGCCCCCCCGUAGAGAUAGUGCCGAGUCACACAGCUGAAGCUUGGAACUGGAAAGCAAGCAGUUGUCCUAACUUUGGUGGCUUCAGUCAGCAGCAUGGAGUGUGGACUGGUUGCUACUCACUUGAAUAUCCAGGCUGGAGAGUGCAUCAAAGUGAAGGGGAAGAUCUUGCCGGAAGCCAAGAGGUUUGCUGUGAAUGUGGGGAAGGACCGCAGCAACCUGGUGCUGCACUUCAACCCACGCUUCAACAGCCACGGGGAUGUGAACGUCAUUGUGUGCAACUCCAUGGAGGAUGGGAUGUGGGGGACGGAGGAGAGGGAGACGGACUUCCCCUUCCAGCAGGGUAACAAGACUGAGAUCUGCAUCUCCUUUGACACAGCAGAGCUGACCGUGAAACUGGCUGGUGACAAGGAGAUCGUGUUCCCCAAUCGGCUGGGCCUGGAGAACAUUGAGUACCUGGCUGUGGAAGGUGACUUUGCCAUCAAAGCCAUUAAGUUUAGCUAACUGCUUAGUCCUAUUCCUUCCACCUCCCUGCUCAGUGAAAUAAAUCUAAACUUGCCAUGUCGGCUCGCUCUGUGCCAUUUCCUCUGCUCUAGCCAGCUUGCCUCUUCUGCACUAAAUAGGAACGGCUAACUGCACCAGGAGCCAACACUUACCUAAUCACCAGCCUGAGACACCUAUUCCCCACUUCAAGAAAACUGAUGGUAUUCUAACAGUCCUGCUGCUGCCCUGGUGUAAAUGUUGCCUCUUAGCUGAAAGAGGCAAUUAACGCCACUCAUCUUCCCCCCUGCACACCCCCAUGAACUUCUCACUGGUAAAGGAUACUGCCCCCACCUCCUGCAGUGAUCAUCUGCUCAGCUAUUUAAAUGCAGUUGUGGCAUUAGGGCUGAAUCCCUGAGUUGGUUGGCUGUCCUAGCUUGCUGGAUUUCAGGCAGCGUACAAGUCCUACCUCUUUGAUAGCUGGGGUUGUUAGACCAGGAGGCACGACAGGUAGGUAUGGUCUGACUGCAGUCCUGGACAGAGUGGCUCAGGCUUUGAAGGACUGCCUUUCUCCU